AGUCGAUUCGCAAGACAUGGUUGCCUUGUCAGCCACCCAAUCUUCAUACCGUUAUCUUUCCCUCCUCGCCAUCUCUCUCUCUCUCACACACACACACACACGCACACGCAGUCGCACACUGAGUGGCGAUCCAAGAAUCGUCAUGGCCGCUCAGACGGCCACAUUCUAUAUGUUAACGAAGAACCCAUCAGUGUUUUCUCCUCUAACUCCACAUUCUCGGCACUCCCUUUUCUCAUCUUUGGUUCCCGUAAUUCCAAGAAAAUUAAUCUGCUCAUUUCCGUCUCAAUUCAAUCUCAAGAGCAUUUCCACGAGAAUUAAUAGUUCAAAAGCUACCGAACCUGAAGCUGAACGCAAGAUGGGUGUUGAGGUUUACAAGCCCAAAUCAUAUGAAAUUCUUGUCUCAGAUGCUGCCACUUCUCUUUUCUAUGCUCUCAAGGACGGAAAAAUCCGCCUCGAAAUCGAUUUCCCUCCGCUGCCUAGCAAUAUUUCUUCUUACAAGGGAUCGUCUGAUGAUUUUAGUGAUGCCAACAUUCAACUUGCCUUGGCUGUAGUUAGAAAGCUAAAAGAGAAACAGGAAACCAGAGCUUGCAUAGUAUUUCCCGACAAGCCAGAAAAGCGCAGGGCCUCAGAUCUUUUUAAAUCAGCUCUUGACUCGAUUGAUGGUAUAACUGUUGGAUCCUUGGAUGAUGUUCCCAGUGGUCCAGUCACAACAUUUUUCAAAUCCAUAAGAGACACUUUGGAUUUUGAUUUCGAGGAUGAAAAUGAAGCUCGUUGGCAAUCUGACAAGCCACCAUCACUCUACAUAUUCAUCAAUUGCAGCACUCGUGAUCUGUCUAAUGUCGAGAAGUAUAUGGAAAAAUUUGCAUCUUCCACACCUUGUCUUCUCUUUAACUUGGAACUUGACACACUACGAGCUGAUCUGGGUCUUUUGGGUUUCCCGCCCAAAGAUUUACAUUUUCGUUUUCUUUCUCAAUUUAUUCCAGUCUUUUACAUACGAACAAGAGAUUACUCAAAGACAGUUGCAGUGGCACCUUAUCUGGUGAAUUACAGUGGAGCAUUAUUUCGUCAAUACCCGGGGCCUUGGCAGGUGAUGUUAAAGCAAACAGAUGGUUCUUAUGCUUGCGUAGCAGAGAGCACAAAUCGUUUCACUCUGGGUGAAACUAAAGAAGAACUAUUGAGGGUCCUAGGAUUGCAGGAGGAACAAGGAAGCUCACUCGAGUUCCUUCGAAGAGGUUACAAGACGGCCACUUGGUGGGAAGAAGAUGUUGAUACAGAGUUAUCUUCUGCAUGGCGUAGUUGAAUGGCUGAAGCAGCUGCAAUCUGAAACCUUAACUACUACAUCAAUGUUCAUUGUUGACUGAAGAGAAUCCAUCAGUACUGAUCUGAAAUCGUCUUCUAAUGGGUAUUUGACAGCUUCAGCCGAAACAAAGAGGAACACUGUAAGACUCAAAUUUCAAAUUAAUCUAGAUUGUUACAAAGUUUAUUUUAUUCAUAACAUGGCGGAAUUGUAAUGAAUUUAAAAUUUCCUAAGCAAAUAACUGGAUUUUAGUAAUUUUUAUAUGUAUAUUUUAAUUAUGACAAAACU